AUGUCAUGUCAGCUACCAAAGACCAGAAAGGGAAAGAAGCUAAAGCGGACUGAUUGCAGGCUUGGAAAAGAGGGUGGAGUCAUAUUUCAGAUGCCUUGGAAAAGGGGCGUGGCUAAUCUUACGGAAUACAAUGGUAGGAAAAUAGCAGAGCGUUUAUUCAAGUUGGUAAAACGGAUGAAGGCAAUAUGUAAGCAGAAGGGCGUGGGAGAAACAGGGUGUGUAUUGAACUUGAUCAUUGAUUUGUAA